AUGGCUGAUGAUGCCGACUAUGAUGGCGGCGAAACGUCUGAGAAUGUACCAAGUCCACUGUCUGAUGCUGAGAAUUAUGACAACUACUAUGGCAGACGACUUCGGACGAGGUGCGUUCUACUAAGUCGCUCUGACAACAAGACGAAGUCGCGACAACGGGGACAACCCACUUCAUAUUCUAUUGUUUGA